AGUAAUUCAUCUUUGGAGAGCAACUUGGAGGGCCUAGCUGGUGUUUUGGAAGCUGAUCUGCCCAAUUACAAAAGCAAGAUACUAAGAAUACUAUGUACUGUUGCACGUCUGUUACCAGAAAAGCUUACUGUUUACACGACACUGGUUGGAUUGCUGAAUGCCAGGAACUACAAUUUUGGUGGGGAAUUUGUAGAAGCCAUGAUUCGUCAGCUUAAAGAAUGUCUGAAAGUCAACAUGUAUAACGAAGCUGUGCAUUUAGUUCGUUUUCUGUCUGAUCUUGUGAAUUGUCAUGUAAUAGCUGCACCUUCGAUGGUAGCUAUGUUCGAGAACUUUGUGAGUGUGACACAGGAGGAAGAUGUACCCCAAGUACGAUGUGACUGGUAUAUGUUUGCAUUUCUGUCAUCUUUGCCUUGGGUUGGAAAGGAGUUAUAUGAGAAAAAGGAUGCUGAAAUGGAUCGUCUCUUGUCUCAGACAGAAAGCUAUUUGAAACGCCGCCAGAAGAUUCAUGUACCCAUGCUACAAGUUUGGACUGCUGAUAAACCACAUCCACAAGAAGAGUAUUUAGACUGCCUUUGGUCUCAGAUUCAGAAGCUGAAAAAAGACCGCUGGCAAGAACGACACAUUCUGAGGCCCUACUUGGCUUUUGACAGCAUUCUUUGUGAAGCACUGCAACACAAUCUGCCUCCGUUCACUCCUCCGCCUCACACUGAAGAUUCUGUGUACCCGAUGCCAAGGGUUAUUUUUAGGAUGUUUGACUACACAGAUGACCCUGAGGGCCCUGUCAUGCCUGGCAGCCACUCUGUUGAACGAUUUGUAAUAGAAGAGAACCUUCACUGCAUCAUCAAAUCCCACUGGAAAGAGAGAAAGACUUGUGCUGCACAACUGUUGAGCUAUCCUGGAAAUAACAAGAUCCCCUUGAACUACCACAUAGUAGAG